AUGUUCAUGCCAAUACGCAAUUUUUUAACCUUUUCUCUUUUUCUUGCACUAUACUUGCAGCUAACCCUCCUACUACUGUUCCUACUACUGGUCCUACUACUGUUCCUACUACUGUUCCUACUACUGGUCCUACUACUACUGGUCCUACUACUACUGGUCCUACUACUACUGGUCCUACUACUACCUGGUCCUACUACUACGGGUCCUACUACUACGGGUCCCACUACGGGUCCCAACUACGGGUCCCACUACGGGUCCCACUACGGGUCCCACUCUACGGGUCCUACAACUGGUCCUACAACUGGUCCCGCUACUGGUCCCACUACUGGUCCCACUACUGGUCCCGCUACUGGUCCCGCUACUGGUCCCACUACUGGUCCCACUACUGGUCCUACUACUGGUCCUACUACUGGUCCUACUACUGGUCCUACUACUGGUCCUACCAUUGGUCUUACUACGGGUCCUACUACUGGUCCCGCUACUGGUCCCGCUACUGGUCCUACCACUGGUCCUACUGCGGGUCCUACUGCGGGUCCUACUACUGGUCUCACUACUGGUCCCACUACUGGUCCCCCUAUUGGUCCCGCUACUGGUCCCGCUACUGGUCCUACCACUGGUCUUACCACUGGUCUUACUACUGGUCUUACUACUGGUCCUACCAUUGGUCUUACUACGGGUCCUACUACUGGUCCUACUACUGGUCCCGCUACUGGUCCCGCUACUGGUCCCACUACGGUCCUACCAUUGGUCUUACUACGGGUCCUACUACUGGUCCUACUACUGGUCCCGCUACUGGUCCCGCUACUGGUCCCACUACUGGUCCUACUACUGGUCCUACUACUGGUCCUACUACUGGUCCUACUACUGAUCUUACUACUGGUCUUCGUACUACUACUAUUCCUAUCACUAUUCCUAUCACUAUUCCUAUCACUAUUCCUAUCACUAUUCCUACCACUGUUCCUGUAUGUAUAUACAAUGGAACAACUUACCAGGUAAACUGAUGUGUAUCUUGUAACUUCUUUAAUUACUACGACUGUAUUACCUGAGAUGUGCAACAAAACGAUAAUAUCUAAUGAUAUCAUACCGAAGUUAGUAUUUUCUUUAUGAUUAUUUUCCCAUUUUAAUCGAGAAUUUUGUAAAUGCAAAAUAGUUAUGCGUAAUUAAAUAGCCAAUGUUUAAGAGUGGAUUAACUACUGGUUUAAUUGCUUACACUCGGAGUUUGAGAGGCAAAUGGCAUCGAAAUUUAGGAAUGUUUCAUUUAUACUUUAUGUUUCAUUCUAGAUGUAUGAAACGUUUCAAGAAGGUUUAUGCAAAGUAUGCAGAUGUGACUCGAAUGCCCAAGUCAAAUGUACCAGGAGCUGUAACAUUGACAUUUGUCCGAAUGUAAGUGUUCAAGUGUUCACCAUUGCAGAAAACAUCGAGUUAACUUCACCUUAUUUGCAAAGUACAAUUUAUUUGAUUAUCUAAUACAGGAGCUACGAUCAAUUUUUACUUAUGUUAGCAAUGUUUUAGACUGAUUAUUUGCUCACCUUCAGGCAAUGAUGUUGUUUUUCAGUAAUAUAAUAAUAAUUUACAUAUAUAGUGCGCAAUGUUCCAUUUGAAUAUAUUCACAUGCGCAUAACAAUUUAUAUAGAAGAAUUAAUAUAAGAAAAAAUAUAAAAGACAAAUAAAAUUUUUGGACGUUGGCGAAAAAUAGUUCAAAGAUUAUUAUCCUUUUGUAUUAUCCAAACAGAUAAUAAUCUUUGAACUAUUUUUCGCCAACGUCCAAAAAUUUUAUUUGUCCCCAUUCAAAGCUACAAAGAAUGAACGUUUAGUAGUUUCUUAAAAUGUAUUGCCGGAACACAAUUACUAAGCAAAGAAUUAUGCAGUGAUCGACAUGAUCAUGGAAAAUAAUUGUGUGUAGAUCGGAUUUAUUCAUGUUAAUGAUUGCAUUUAUUUAGGGUGAAGAGUUGAUCGAUAAUGAUCCAGAUUCAUGCUGUUAUUGUCAAGCGAGUGAGUUUUCUUUCUGAAAGUAUAUAUUAUUUGGGAAGAUUGGGAAAUAGUUGAAUAUUGACAGCAUAUUUGAGGCAAAUAUAUAUAACGGACAGACUCUUCGCAGUUGUAUUCGUUUUACGUACAGUUUUAUUUGUUAUCACUAACAUUUUUCUUUGCGCUAUUGAACAGAAUGCCGUGAAGGAAUGAAGCAUAACAAUUGCUCAUGUCCAAGAACGUGCGAGAACACUAAAUGUCAAGAAACCUGUGUUCCUGGAUGUCAAUGUCCAGAAGGAACGUAUGAUAAUGGUACAAGUUGCGUGGCUCUUAAACAGUGCUACUGUAUUGUGAAUGGAACAAUUAAACAGGUACAAAGGGUCUUAUAAAAUUGCCUUGAAUUCAAAUUUUAAAUUGAGUACAGUACAAUAGGUGACCUCAAUCUGCUUAAUUACAAAAAGGAUACUGUGCAUGCAUGUGAUGUUCUAGUGAAAUUCCAAAAUUUAAGUUUUUAAUACUAAAAAGCCCGCCGCACACGAGAGCAACUUGCUGAGCUAACCGCCUCGAGUGGUAGCUAGCUCAGCUAUGUAUUUUCACCGCACACGUUGGGAAAACUACUCAACAACAACAUAAUUAACAAAAUUAUUUGCAUUUUCCUCCAUUUUGUUCCAUGUCACAUGAAGAAACUAUGGUUUGUCAUUGACUAAUUGAUUCAAACAGCUCAGCACCUAGCUCACAAUAUCUGCAGACGCUGAGAUUUUUUCCUCGCGAGGUGAAAAAUUAUCAAACACGAUAGAUAUUUUCCUCAAGGCCUCGAGAGGUCAAAUCCUCACGAAAACUAUCCGCACACGAGAGCUACUUGCUGAGCUACCCGCCUCGAGAGGCUGUUAGCUCAACAAGUUGCUCACGUGUGCGACGGGCUUUAAUCUCCGGUCAAACGAAGAUGGCAAUUGAUAAAUUGUUACAUGCAGGAGACAUUUCAAGCUCUAGGUUAAAGAUAUAUAAAGGUUUGAUUAGCUUUAUAACUAUGAUUUAACUUAAAUAGAAUGCAUGAUAAUGUUAGGAAACAGCUAACCAAAGUCGCGUGACUGCCAGCUUUCAUCCACUCUCAUCCUCGCUUCAUUCAGAGAUCGGAAUGAUUAAUUAAAAGAAAAUGACAAUAUCCUGACUGGUCAUGUGCUUAUAUUAAAAAGUAUUCGGCACGCUCAAGAUAUUUUGAAAAAACAAUCGAUGGUGAUCGAUUUUUACAGUAUUUUAAGAUUGUCGUGUUGGAUAACAAAUUGGAGCCGUCCAACGUGGCGGAUAAACUGACAUAUGUAUUAUAAUAAAUGCCAUUCAUUUCUGCUGUGGCUUGGUGGAUGUAAUAUCACAUUAACUUCUUUAAAUAUUUGUCUUGAGGUUUGAAUGUAAACCUUUGCUUUAAACAAGAUUUUUUUAGUCCUUAUAGUGUAUCGAAGAUUUCAGUUUAGUCACGUGACCGGCUACAAUGUCGUCGUUUUGUUGAAAGCAUACUAGUAUAGCAAGCUUUGAACACUAAAAUAUAUUCCGACAUCACCUUGUAUCCCUUUUGUAAGUUAAAAUUAUGUAGCUGCCGUCUAAAGAGGAUUGAGGUUAUGUGGCCGCAAAAUGUAAACCCCUUUUCAUAAUUUUGCGUUUCGCCAGACUGCAUGGCAAUGGCACACUGGACAUUUUUUCAACACUAGGUUGUCGUCUAAAAAUUAAUUUAAAAAUUGUAUUACAACAUGUUUAUCUGUUGAUUAUUAUUUUACAGCCCAACGAGAUAUGGCAGGAAGGGGAAUGUCUUUCUUGUAAAUGUCAAAAUGGGAAGAAAAAGUGCGGACAUCAAUGUGAUAUUGAAAUUUGUCCACACGUAUGUCAACAGUAUAUAAAUUAUUUAUAAACACUCUGUCUUGUAUACAACUAGCAAUGAAUGCGAAUGUGCAAAGCUAACAUUCAAAAAUUGAAUCAGCUCAGAAAGCAAAUUAUCCUACAAAAUAAAACGGCAUACCUGUAUAUAAAGAAUAACAUUACGACAUGAGUACAAUACUUUUUGUUUUCGCCAAAUCAUAGUGAAAGAGAAUCGAAAUUACUUUUACCUGCAGCGAGAAUUACAUCAGCUAAUCAUAUAGAAGGAAAAAUUACUCAAAUAUGAUUGGCUAAUGAGGAUGGCAUUUUUUCUUAAUUCAGGGCAAAAUUACUUAUCCCUGAUUGGCUGAGACGCAAGCGCGAGAAGUUUCUUGAUUUAAUUCAUAAAUAGCUGAAUUGAAAAACAUGCAAUGGCUUUUCGCUUUGUCGUCGCGGAUAAUGAUGUUAUUGAAGAAUUAAAAACUUCUAGUGAACACAUGAACACUUGUAAUUUAUUGGUUAGAGUAUUUAAGAAAUGGGUAGGCAGGGCAGCAUUAAGGAACAUCGGCGAAGACAUGGAAACAUACGAGGUUCAAGAACUUGACAAGCUCACAAUUAACUUACGAAUACAUUUUGCCCUCUAUGAUUAACAAGUAAUCGCAUAGUUCCUCGUAAAAUUAAGGUUACACUUGUGUGUUUUCAAAGUUUCACAAAUUGCCCUCGUCGCUUCGCGCGACUCAUGUGAUUACCUAUACAAAGUGACCAUUUUUUAUGCUUUAUCAGGGGCAAAAACUAGAAAGUCGUUCUGGUGAAUGUUGUAAAUGUGUGCCAGGCAAGUAUAAAUUUCGCAACAUACAAUUAAUAUGUAAUGAUAAACUGGGGUUGAGACUGCAAAUUAAAUGACUGAUACAUGGGCGCCACUAAGUCAAAGUUAAGAAUAACUGAGAAUGAUUGUUUUUAACCUUUCAUAUUUCCAACUGCGUAUGAAGUGAAAAAUUUAAAAAAACAUUUGUAGAGUAAUAUCAUUAAUGUCAUUCAUUAAAGGCCUUAUGCAACGAAUUUUUCGAUGGUGAGAUUUUUUCAUUACGUUAUAGAGUUCUUUGCACUGGUUCGACAGAUGCAAAUCGUUUUCCGAAACUCCAAGUAGCUUUAUAGUAGUACUCCAAGUAGAGAUCGGAAAGCCUUCAAAGUCGCAAAUUUUGCCACUUUCUUAAUUGCGAAAAGAAAAGACCUUUGGCGAUCAGUGGUGUGACGUCACAGCAAGGAGUUGUUUUCGACGGACCUUACGUAAAACGUGUUAAUCCUUUGUUUACACACAGCACGACUCAUUACUGUGACGUCACAGCGCGAACCAGUUUUUCGCAAGAGGGACCCAUCUUUAAACUUUAAUAAUGUGCAAAAAUCGCACCAUCGAAAAAUUCGUUGCAUAAGCCCUUUAAACGAUCAUUUAUUUAAUAUAUUUAAUCUUUUUACUUCCUAGUUUCCACACCAACACCUUCUACUACUUCCACAUCAACACCUUCUACUACUUCCACACCAACACCUUCUACUACUUCCACACCAACACCUUCUACUACUUCCACAUCAACACCUUCUACUACUGAUAACCACAACUGAAAGAAAUGGUGGGAAACCCUACUGUAAAUCGAAAAAUGGCACGCUAUAUGAGGUGCGUAUAAUGUCUCUAUAUAGUCCUCAUAUUUAGAUAUAUUUUUCUCCACAAGAAAUUAACUAAUUCUAGUCUUAAUAGGUUGAAGAAGAAUGGAUCGUUUCUCCUUGUGUAACAUGUCUAUGUCAAGCGAAUUUGAUGAUUGAAUGUACCAGACAAACUUGUCAGGAUUGCCCACAGGUAAGCCACGAAAGAUUAUACAAAGUCAAUUUGUUUUCUAUGAUUGUGCGUGUUGAACCAAUUGUUGCGGCGCAGGAGGUUGGGAGAGUACAAAUAAGCGUAUGUAUAUAUAAGUUGUUCAAGGCUCAUCGGACAGGUGGUUUCCCCGAUUUCUGUACUGUUAAAAACGACAUUCUACCUAGAUGAUAAGCUUGCAGUCAGUCAUCGCGUGCGAGCAGGGACGUAGCGACCGGCCGGGGAGGAUGUGCAUGUGGGUGGGGGUGUAAAAACCCCCCACUUUGAAACUCAAGAAAAAAUACUAGGUAUAAUUCAAGUUAAAAGUUUGACAUUUCCAGGUAAAAUAGUUCCGUUAUAAAGUCGUUAUUUUCGUGAAGUGAUAACCAAUUUUGCAAAAUACGGAUCAAAUCUAGAUCGAACUCGUUUGUGGUUAGUUUCUCUUGUGCAUGCGGCAUGCUUAAGGGGGUAUAUUUUCUAAUUUAAAGCGAAUUAACGAUGCGGAAACUAAUUGAAUGUUCUUUGAGCAACUUUUCGCAUAUUCAUAUGAUGAUGAUUGAACAGGUGAAUUCCUCCUGCAUAUUCUAGUUCUUCCAGUCUCAGCUACAUGAUAUUACAGUUUAACUGCAAUGUUUCCCGACGCAGAAAGCGUCAUUUGGAUGCGCAGUUGAAAACUCCGAAUCGACGGCUUGUUAGAUUUUUCAGAAGAUGAUUCUUCAGUUUAUUAUUAUCCGUGUUGUUUCGUAAAAAGUCUUCUAAUAUAAAUCUUUUUCUUAGGGUUAUGAAGCAGUCAACGUUACUGGUCGUUGUUGUCCUCGUUGUGGUGAGUUGAGAUUGCACGUAUACUGUAGUUGUUCAAUAAAUGAUUAAGUGAAUCAACGCUGGAUCAAUCGUUUGUUAACCAUAAAAUGUACUAUAGUCCAAGAUAGGAACUUGUUGUUUUACACUGGUUUUUAUUUUAAUUUUGCCUAAAAUACUAUAAAUGCUUCGAACUUUGAAAACUCGUUACGAACUUCAAGUUGAAUUGGAAGAAGUUGCUAUGGGUCAAUUUCUUAAUCCUAAGCUAAGCUAAACUAACCUAACUUAAAUAUAAACCCAAUUUAAUAAGAUCAUGGAUUGUAAAAUAACUGGAUAGGAAACUUCCUGACGUCAUUGACUGCAUCCUUGUUGAAAAACGUGACGUCACGCGUAUUGCGAAAUGCGAAUGUUACCAAAGUUCUCGGCAUUUUUGUUGUUUUGCUAAAAUUGACUGGGAAUACUUAAAGUUUUCAUCGUAGAAUGGCGUGGUUAUAUUUAUUUGCUCUUUGACUAAAAUGUUUAGCUGUAUUAUUGCUAAAUUAACAUGCCGUUUUUGAGAAUUUGGUUUUCAACUAGGUUGAGGCAUCCAACCACGCCAUCAGUCCAUUCAGAAAACAUUAGGCCGUCACGUCAGCUAGUUUCCUAUCCAUUUAUUUUAUUAUCCAUGAUAAGAUUAAGAUUAACAUUUCAAUAGCAAAAAUUAAUUCCAUGUGGAUAUGAUCAAAUGCGCUUUACAUCAAGUUUCAUAUGCUUACCUAACUGCAUUGGACCUAUAUUCCCUAAUGAAAAAAAUUUUGAUCUAGACAAGUCUGGAUAAACAUUUCACAACAGCUGGAAAGAGCAUUACAAAAUUAGUAAUAUUCCAAAGUUUCGUUACGAAAUGUUGUAAAAUGUACAUAAUAUAGCCCUUCGAAGUUUGCCGUUUUUCAGUCAUUUUGUAUUACGCGCGGGGUGAUACCGCUUUCUGAAAAAAGGUAUCAAUUUCCCGUGCGUAAUUCAAAAUGACUGAAAAACGGCAAACUUCGCAGGGCUAUAUUAUCCGCAUUUUACAACAUUUAUUUCACAACGAAACUUCGGAAUAUUACUAAUUUUGUGACGCUCUUUCAAGCUGUCAUGAAAUCUUUGUCUACACUUGUCUAAAUGAAAAUUUUGUUCAUUAGGUAAUAGGUCCAAUCCUAAGCCACCCUGACAACUUUCGCUGUGGGAGAAAACCGGAGCACCGGAAGAGAAUCCACGACUUUCGACAGAGCGUUGACUGAUUCUUUUUCACAUGAGUGCAUAGCGGGAAUCGAAUCCACGAUCCCCACCAUCCUCACCGUCUCAGAGGUGAAAGGCGCUUGCUCUAACGACUGCGCCGCCAAAGCCCCUGAAGUUGUUUACUAAAAUUGUUUACUGAAUGACCCUGAUAGAUCGAAAAAGCCACGUCGACAUUUUUUAGCUCAAUUUAUUCCAACUGCAAUGUCUAAAUAUUGCUGGAAAUAUAUUGUUAGUAUGCGCAUAUCAUUACUCAUUAGCUUUGAAUAACGGGGGAUCGAGGUAACCAUUCCCAGAGUUCUUGAAUAGCAGUACAGUAUUUGUACAGAGUUUAAUAUUUAUUUUUAUUAUGGCAAUUCUCCAAUUUAUGUAAUACAUUGUGAUAACUUAAAAUCAACUAUAAGUGAAAAAAAUGGAAAUUCAAUUGAUACAAUGGAAAGGAUGCUAUAUGUAUUAUUUAAAGCACGCGUAGGAGUGUUUUAUCACAAAAUGGAAAUUCAAUUGAUACAAUGGAAAGGAUGCUAUAUGUAUUAUUUAAAACACGACUACAAGUGCUUUAAAUAGCUUCAAAAACGAGUCAUCUUAUACGAGUUCAUUGGCGAAGUAAUUUUUAAAAUAAACUUUGUCUAAACCGAGAAAAUCAAAGCUAAAGUUUAUGUAAACUAACGUGAUUUUUUAUCACGUAUAAAACCACGACACGCUUAUGAUUUUUCUUUGUGUUUUGCUCCUGAAUUAUUGAGUUUUUGAAGUACUUUUAUAGGAAACCUCAUCCUGGAUCAGCAUCAAUUAAUAUUGCUUCAUCAUGACUAUAACGUCUCAAAUACCAUGAUUAUAAACAUUGCUUAAGGCUAUAGUGAAAAUAGUGCUAAGCUUAAGGCUUAAGCUUAUAUUAGCACUAUUUUCACUAGCCUGCGUGCAGUACUUCCUACUCUGUUUGGGAGUCUGGGACUGCACGCAGGCUACUUUCACGGACGUUCUUGCAUUGACACAGGUUGACAACAAGUGGAGAGACACUUUUUCUUUUGAAGCUUUCCUUUCAUUUGUUCCCUCUUUGUGCUUUUCACUUUUUGUGAUAUUUCUAAGCUAAUGCUUUUUAUUCAAUUUAGUACCGUCAACAACGCCAGCGCCAAGUACAACGACAACCACAACCCCAAGCCCGAGGAGGACAACAACGACUACCGCGGUGCCAACUGUCAUUAGCCCUGCGCCGAAAACUUGCAGCGUGGUGUCAAAGAAUGUGAAUGUUACGAAUACCCAUGGUUGCAUUGGACUACUGCAACAAACUAGAUGCGUCGGUGGUUGUGAAUCCGAUACAAAUAUCGACCUUUUCACAUUUCCAUUUGUCCACAGGGAUUGUUCAUGUUGUCAACCAUCUUCUAUUGAGUUAGCACAAGCAAAGAUGAGGUGUGCAGGAGGAAGCUACCACCACCAAUACAUAGUUAUUCGAGCCUGCGAAUGUACGUCCUGCGGAAUUAAUCCACUCAAGGAAAAAGAGCAAGUAUUUUCCCAAAUUUUAAGAAACAACACACGCCCUAUUGCCUAA